AUGGCUCCCAUGAAAAAGCUUGUGGUGAAAGGGGGCAAAAAAAAGAAGCCAGUUCUGAAGUUCACUCUUGAUUGCACCCACCCUGUAGAAGAUGGAAUCAUGGAUGCUGCCAAUUUUGAGCAGUUGCAAGAAAAGGUCAAGGUGAACGGAUAAGCCGGGAACCUUGGUGGAGGGGUGAUGACCAUCGAAGGGAGCAAGAGCAAGGUCACCAUGACGUCUGAGGUGACUUUCUGCAAAAGGCAUUUGAAAUAUCUCACCAAAAAAUAUUUGAAGAAAAAUAAUCUACGUGAUUUUUUGGGAGUAGUUGCUAACAGCAUAGAGAGUUACGAAUUACGUUACUUCCAGAUUAACCAGGACGAAGAAGAGAAGGAAGACAAGGAUUAAAUUUCAUUUAUCUGGAAUAUUUUGUAUGUGUUCUUGAAUAAAACUUAGGAACCAAAA